AUCGAACAAAAAACAGAUACCCAAAAUAGUAAUAAUAAUAAUAAUGAUGGAGCUGGAGAUUUUAGGGAUGAACUUUGGCUGCAUUCUUGGACCCCUGAGCGCGGGAAAAUUCCCAACGAAGGAUUGCUUGCUUCCACUCAUAUCAAAGAUUCUAGGUUACCUCAUAGUCGCCGGAUCAACCACCGUCAAGAUCCCUCAGAUAUAUAAAAUUUUGAAGCACAAUAGUGUCAGGGGCCUUAGUGUUGCAGCUUUUGAGCUUGAAGUUGUUGGCUACACAAUUGCAUUGGCAUAUUGCCUGCACAAAGGAAUUCCAUUUUCAGCCUAUGGGGAACUGCUUUUUUUGUUAAUCCAAGCUAUUAUUUUAGUUGCGAUAAUUUACUAUUAUUCCCAGCCAGUUGGAGCUAAAGUUUGGAUGAAGGCAUUUCUAUAUUGUGCUGUAGCGCCAACAGUUUUAGCUGGUCAAAUUGACCCUGUCCUGUUUGAAGCACUAUAUGCAUCUCAGCACGCUAUAUUUUUCUUUGCCAGAGUCCCCCAGAUAUGGGAAAAUUUUACUAACAAAAGCGUUGGCGAGCUCAGCUUCUUAACUUGCUUUAUGAACUUUGCUGGAUCUGUUGCAAGGGUGUUUACAAGCAUGCAGGAAAAUACAACAAUGAGCAUGAUUUUGGGUUCUCUCCUUGCCGUCGUGACAAAUGGUACAAUCUUAAGUCAGAUGUUUAUAUACUGGAAAUUACAAGCAAAGAAAGAGAAGAAGGUGCAAUAAGUCACUGGGUUUUGCCCAUGUCUUUCUGUAUUGAAAAGGUGAUUUCUCUUGUAAGUACGCACAUGUUUCUUACCAUAUUGUAUUUAUAACAUCUUUUGAGGUUCCAAACAAGCUGUAUCAUUUCUUCAUCAGUAACUAGGGCAGAUAUUCGAGUGCCGACCAUAUCUGUGUCUCAUUUGUUUUCUUACUGUUGUUUAUACGCAAUAAAUGAUAUAUAGGGAAUUAUA